CAAUGAGGUGAUCCACGUGAUCAGGCGUUUUGGGCGCGCCUUCUGUAACUGUAUCAACGCAUUCGCGCUUGUCAAUGUUUUCUUUUACAUCUCGUUUUUGGAAGUCAAAAUCAACGACGAAUGAAUACGUGGAUUGCAUGAACUAUAUUCGAUACGGCAACAACUAUAGUGUGAUUUUUCUUUGUUUGAAUAGAUUAUCAUGAUCCUUGAAUCUCUACGACUCGCAAACUUUACAGGAAGGAUACACCCAAGCAAGUAUAGGCUCAAAGGAUAGCCUGAUCUACAACCUUUUACGAGAAAACAAGCAUGGCACCCCCAAAACCGCAAAUACCUCCGGCGGCAAAACCAGUAUUUGGUGCCCAUUUUGAUGCGUGGAAUUCAUCAGCGACAGGUCAUCAACGGGCAGAGAAUAAGAUAGGUGGUUCUACAGGAUGGAGAGAAUCUCGAGCAUCGAAGCUAGGCCACCAGUUCAAGUCUGGUGGUACAGGUGGCAAAAGGAUCUCCGACAAAGUUGGGGCAGGAUCUGAAGACUGGGAUAAGAAAGCGAACGCCUUGAUUCCGAAAGAAGUCAAGGCAAGGGCAAGACGAAGUGUCAGCGACAUGUUAGUGGGGAAACCAGGCUUGCCGAUGAGCGCCGAAGAACGACUGAUGGAGAUGCGGAAGCUCGAAGAUGAAACUAAAGCGGAAGAGGGUGAUCUAGCCCGUAAGUCUAGAGGCAUCUUUGAUGAGCUGGACAUCUACAUAAACGGUAGUACAUAUCCAAUGGUCUCGGACCACAAGCUCAAGCAGUUGCUGGCAGAGAAUGGAGCACGAAUGUCGAUGCAUCUGGGCAGGCGACAAGUCACCCACGUUAUCUUGGGCAAACCUUCUGGUGUAGGAAGUGGAGCUGGAGGUGGUUUGGCUGGGGGAAAGCUGGAGAAAGAGAUACGAAGGAUUGGUGGUUGUGGAGUGAAAUAUGUCGGUGUAGAAUGGGUAUUAGAGAGCAUCAAGGCAGGAAAGAGACUUUCCGAGACGCGGUUCUCGAAUCUGAAGGUAGCUCCGAAAGGCCAGCGGAGCGUUUAUGGCAUGUUCAAAAAUACAGCCAAUGCCAACGUAGAUUAACAAUUGACGCUAAGGACACCGAGUGGGCAAGCGAAUUGUUCAUGCUUCCCAAACUUUUUUGGCUCAAGUCUAGUUUUCGAGUCUUGGGAGGUAUGUCAUUGAGGUCCAUGCAUAUAGUAUGUAUGAUGUAUCUUUAUAUAUAUAGCAUAGAUGCCAUAUUCGGGUGUCUGCUUGCUUCUACGGCGUUGUGUCAGGAAUUGAGGUGCAUUCUAGGUGGCUGCAUAGCAUCUGCGAUAGGGAUAGGAAUAGGAAAUAUCAUUUGGGAGGUCUAGAGGCGUUUUGGUGAGAUUGUGGAAAAGGCUGUCCCAUGACAUAAUUUGAUAUAACAGUAACUAUAACAGUAACUAAGAAACAUCAAUCACAUUCACCUUCAUCAUGCUGUCUUGUCAUGCAUGUUUAAGUGAUGUACCUUCAAAGAACGGCAAGAACAUACUUAACAAUGACAUUUGGCCCAUCACCCCUCAUACAAGCAUCCAGUUUCUUUGAUGUGAAGUAUCUGAGUCUUUUCGAAUCUAACAGUGUCUCUCUCAUUGAGUGAGAAACACUCGAAUGUCGAGAACGGAGGCGGUGACGAUAGUUCCUUGAAUCUAUGGCUUAGUAUCAGUUAUUUGUGACCAAAAUUGAUAUAUCUAAAAUGUAUCCAGAACACUAUCGUUCACCUAUUGCAUCACUUAAUAGAUGAGUUCCGACAACAUAU